CAUACAUCCCCUCCCAUCCCACACCAAAGCUCCAAGAAUGGCAGAUCCCUAUACCAAUUUCUUCAAAGGAUGCUUCAAUUAUUUCCCCUUCUCCUCCUCCAACCCGUCACCCCCUCUUCCCACCCAUAGCUUCUACACCAAUUACACCACGCCUCAUCUCCAAAGCACCCCCCACUUCCCCUCCCCCUCCACCCCUCCCCUCCCCCUCAGAGAGGCCCUCCCCCUCCUCAGCCUCAGCCCCUCAAAAGAGGAGGAGGACACCUCCUUCAGAGCCUUUGAGGAAGGCGGGCAUGAGAAGAACAAAGAACAAGGUGAUGAAGAUAAUGAUGCGGAGGGGGCUGUGACUGUAGCCCUUCACAUAGGCCUCCCCAGCCCCAGUGCAGCUGAUCUCAUCUCCAGGGUCUCCUCCACCACAGUGCAUGAAGAGAAAGAGGUGGAAGAAGAUGGUAAUGGUGAUGCUAUUCCUCUAGGGUAUCCUGCUAUAGGGAGGCUCAACAAGGGCCAGUAUUGGAUCCCCACCCCUUCCCAAAUCCUCAUUGGCCCCACCCAAUUCUCUUGUCCUGUGUGCUGCAAGACCUUCAAUAGAUACAACAACAUGCAGAUGCACAUGUGGGGGCAUGGAUCACAGUAUCGGAGGGGGCCGGAGUCACUGAGAGGCACCCAACCAACGGCGAUGCUGAGGCUGCCAUGUUACUGCUGCGCACCCGGGUGCAGGAACAACAUAGACCACCCAAGGUCAAAGCCACUCAAGGACUUUAGGACCCUCCAGACCCACUACAAAAGAAAGCAUGGGAUCAAGCCCUUCAUGUGCCGGAAGUGUGGCAAGGCCUUCGCCGUCCGUGGGGACUGGAGAACCCAUGAGAAAAACUGCGGCAAGCUGUGGUACUGCAUCUGUGGCUCCGACUUCAAGCACAAGAGGUCUCUCAAGGACCACAUCAAGGCGUUCGGGCAUGGGCAUGCGGCCUAUGGGAUUGACUGCUUCGAGGAGGAGGACGAGCCCUCAUCGGAGAUCGAGCAAGACCUGGAUCAUCACCACCACUCACGGUAAAUGGGGAGGGAGAUGGGAGGAUGCUGGGGUGGGAAAUUGGGUAUUGGGUGGGGGUGGGUGUGGCGGCGGUGCUGAUGAAUUAUCUUUAUCAUAUGUAAACAACUCUUUUGAUAUCUAAGGUAGAAGGUGCUUUCCUUGGUUUAUUUUCUUUUUUAUGGAUUCAAAUAUGAGACCCAUAUACAAAAAGCAAUGUACGAUCAUCUUUUG